GUGCGACAGACGCUGAGCUGCAGCCUGAGUUUAAAAUGUUUAUCGUUUCACCGCGUUGUUUUCAGGACCGGAGCGUCGAUUAGAGUCCGAAUUAACGCUUUCAUCUCCUCCCUGAGGGCCCGAGGACUGAUGGUCGGCCGGUCCGGCCGCAGCAGCAGCCAUGAGGGUCCGGCUGCGGGGGCGGGGCCACGCCGCCAGCCUCCUCCUGCAGCUCAACCUGUGCCGCCAGUCCCGCCGCUACUGCGACGUGGUGCUGCGGGCGGGCGGCCGGACGUUCGCCGCGCACCGCGCCGUGCUGGCCUGCGCCGGGGAGUACUUCCGGAACCUGUUCGCCGGCGCCCCGGCCUCGCCCGGCGCCGCCUUCUGCCUGGCUGUUUCUCCGGCCGGCUUUGAGGAGCUGCUGACCUUCGUUUACACCGGCGAGGUCGUGACGGACCUGACCGACGUGGGCCUGCUGCACGAGCUGGCGGAGCGGCUGGGCGUGGCCGAGCUGGUCCGCGCCUGCCGCGCCACCUUCCCCGACCUGCCGGCGGCCGGCGGCGCUCUGGACUCCGGCCCGGCGGCCGGCGGCGCCCUGGACUCCAGCACGGUGGCCGCCACCUCGGCCUCCUCGGUCUGCUCCUCUGCCGACUCUCGGUGGUCGCUGUCCUCCUCGGCCGCCGCCGCCGCCUCGCCUCCUUCCCAGUCGGGACGUCCGGACCGCACCCCGACGGUCCGGCUGACUCUGUCUCUGGACCUGAAGGCGGAGGACCUGCAGGCUCUGGUCGGCUUCGGUCAGCUGAUGGAUGGAACCGCCGGCGGCCCGGCGUGCCCUGCGGACGGCGAGCCGCCGGCGGGCCCCGGGGAUGGCGAGCCGCCGGCGGGCGCCGCUCUGCAGCUGAAGACCGAGCCGGGCCUGGAGAUCGGGCAGGAGUGUCCCGCAGACUCCCUGUCCCUCCACGACGCCUCGUACUCCGGAGAGCCGGCCGGCGGCCCGUGGACGGCGGCGGCGCCGGCGGCGGAGGUCACCGGGGGCGGCCCGGCGUUCGGGGAGGAGCCUCUGCGGCAGGAGGAGGAGCCGUGGAGGCGGCUGGCGGCAGAGACCAUCGAGCUGAGUGACGACGACAACUUCCUGGAGGAGGGCGAGGACGACCCGGUCCGCCUCCUCUCCUGCCGGGCCUGCGCGGCGCCGCUGCCGGCGGACCCGGCCGCCGUCCGGAGUCACGCCCUGAGCCACCUGGCGGCGCCGGGCCUGUGCGGCCUGUGCGGGGCGGCGUUCCCGGACCGGGCCGCCGCCCGCGCCGCACUGCCUGGCCCACGUCGGCGUGCCGCUCUUCAGCUGCGACAUGUGCCAGCUGCAGUUCUGCAGCCGCGGCCAGCUGCUGCGGCACCACCGCCGGGCGGCCGCCGCCAGCCCCGGCCACCAGGGGGCGGCCGGCGGCGGCGGCGAGGACCCCGGACCCCUGCUGCACUGCGCCGUCUGCACCAAAACCCUCAGGAGGGACUUCCAGGCUGUUCGGACCACGUGUUGAGCCACGUGGGUGAGGGUCUGCGCUGCCCCCUGUGCCAGCAGGCGGCGCCGUCGCGCUGCCGGCUGCUGUGGCACGCCCUGGAGCACCUGGCGCUGCCGGUGUUCUGCUGCCCGCGCUGCGCCCGCUGCUUCGCCCGGCGCCCCCUGCUGGAGCGCCACGCCGCCGCGCACGCCCAGGAGCGGCCCGCCCCCCGGGACUCGCCGGGCGGCGCAGGGGGCGGGGCCAAGCGGAAAGCGGACGGCGCCCCGUCCCCGUCCCGGGGCAGGUGGUACGGCUGCCGCCACUGCGGGAAGCGCUUCGCCCACUCGGGCGAGUUCACCUACCACCUGCGCAUCCACAGCGGCCAGAAGCCCUUCCAGUGCCGGCUGUGCCUGCGCUGCUUCCGCGGCCGCUCCACCAUCAUCUGCCACCUGAAGACGCACGCCGGCGCGCUCAUGUACCGCUGCACCGUCUGCGGACGCUACUUCUCCACCCUCAAGGCGGUGUCGGCGCACAUGGAGCUGCACCGCGGCCGGCUGCCGCCCGACUUCCACAUCCAGCACACCUUCAUGUACAACGACCGCUCCAAGGAGCCGCUGCCCGCCCCCUGACCUCUGACCCCCGACCUGCUCCAGCCCCUGACCUUUGACCGGACCCCUGACCUCUCACCUGCCUCCACCUCAACCUCUGACCUGCUCCGACCCCUGACCUCUGACCCCUGACCUGAACUGUGACCUGCUUCGACCCCUGACCUGACCUCUGACCUGCUCCGACCCAUGACCUGACCUCUGACCUGCUCCAGCCCCUGACCUUUGACCGGACCCCUGUCUGUGUUUUCAGUCACUGUUUCCUGUUUCUUGGUUUCUAUUUAUUCAAACUUCUUAUUUUCACAAUUAAAUAUUUUUUCUGGUUAUAAAAUGUCAGCCGUUGUCGUCAGUGUCUUCCUCCAGUCCGUCUCAGCGUCACACGUCCACACGUCCACACCGUCUCGCUUCGGGGAGACCGAAGGCCAGGAAGUCCACCUGCAGGGUUUGGACUGCGGGGACGCAGCAGCACCC